AUGUCGCCCUUGGACCUCACGUUUGGCGCUCUGUUCAACGGUGCAUUAUUCUCGCAUAUGAUGUACGGCUUGACCUGUGCCCAAGCGAUUUAUUACUUCAGAAAUUACUCUGAGGACAGUACAUGGGUCAAGGCCACAGCCGGAAUCGUCUGGAUAAUGGAUACCCUGCAGCAGCUCUUCCUCGUCCUCGCCCUAUGGUUUUAUUUGAUCGGCGGCAGGGAAGAUACCGGCAGCGCCUUCGGGAACACGAACUGGGCUCUCCUAGCGCAGGUUGUCCCUUCCGAGACGUGUGUCCUCGUGGUGGAAUGCUUCUACAUCCGACGGAUAUGGAUACUCAGCCGCAGGAGCAAGCGAUCUCUGCUCCUGUUCUGCCCGGUAGCCCUGGAAAUAGGCGAGUGGAUGAUGUCCUUAACACAGAUGACGCUUGUUUUGACUCAUGUCUUCUGCGCCCUCAUAGUUAUCGGUGUAGCAUACGCCGCCAAAUGCUUCGGACUACCUGCAUUCAACGGCAGCGUGACAUAUGAGUGGCUCAUAGGCAUAUCCGGGACAUGCCGCGUCAUAGCCGAUCUAGGGAUUGCCGUGUCCAUGAUAUACAUCCUCUGCAAAUCGUAUCGAGGCGGUGUGACACCCAAGUUCAAUUCACUCAUACGAAUGCUCGCUGGCUAUGCACUCGCGACAGGGGUGGUAACGAGUAUUGCAGCCAUCGGAUACCUUGCUGUGUACCUCGCCAUGCCUUUGAACUUUGUGUAUAUCGGCGUGUACGUGGUGCACGAGAAGAUCUACGUCAACUCGAUUCUUGCUUCGCUUAACAGCAGGGAAACACUACGCUCGCUGGCAGCGCAGGAGCUCGACAUACCAGACAUCGCAUGA